AUGGAAGAUGAACUGCACAUGAUUGAGAAAAAUAGUACAUGGGAACUGGUAAACAAACCAACUGAGAAACCAGUUAUUGGAGUCAAGUGGAUCUACAAAACCAAGCUAAACUUGGAUGGUUCACUCCAAAAGAAUAAGGCAAGGUUAGUUGCCAAAGGGUAUGCUCAGAAACCUAGAUUAGACUACAAUGAAACCUAUGCUCCUAUGGCUAGAUUGGACACCAUUAGAACUCUCAUUGCCCUGGCUACUCAGAAAGAAUGGAAGCCGUGCAAGGAAGAUAAAGUGUAUAGGCUACACAAAGCUCUUUAUGGUCUAGAGUAUGUGAAAGGAAAAAAUGUAAUGCUGAUUGGUUUCUGUGACAGUGACUGGAGUGGAUCAAUUGAAGACAGUAAGUGCACAUCUGGAUAUGCAUUCUCCUUUGGCAGUGGUGUUUUCUCUUGGGCUUCAAUCAAGAAAAACUGUGUUGCAUUGUCUACUGCAGAGGCAGAGUACAUCAAUGCAUUAGAAGCUACUGCACAGGCCAUUUGGCUUAGAUUUGUGUUAGAAGAUUUUGGAGAACUUCAGAGAGAAGCAACUCCAUUGCAGUGUGACAAUACAUUUGCAAUUGCCAUUACGUACCAAGAAUCCUGUAUUUCAUCAGAAGACAAAGCACAUUGA